AUGGCCGAAGUUGUACGUAACGCCACACAAAUCCCCACCUCGCACGCAGAUGCCUCCUCAGUCGGGGAACCCAAUCUGAAACCUCAUGCACCUCGCCCCACAAGCAGGAAGAAUUCAGAUAACAUGACUACUACUGACACACCCUCUCCUCCUCUACAGGAACAACAACCUCAACCGAUCCCGCAUCGAAAACCUCGCAAAUCGGUCGCAUUCAGCGGCGACAGCACCAUCAUGGAUGAAAAUGGCGAGAUCUCAGAGGCCCCCCUGUCCGGCGCGGAGGACAAGGUCACGGCAGAGAAACACUCAUCACCGCCCGAUGACCAAGCCGUCGAUGAAAUGACGGACAUGUUCGCCGGUCUCAACAAGAAAAAGAAGAAGUCGACAAAAACGAAAACGGAGGACAAGGAGGAUGGCGAGGCGGCCGCCGCUGCUGCUCCUGGGACCGGUGCUGACGGCGACUUCGACGCCUCCGCUCUGAAGAAGAAGAAAAAGAAGACGACCAAACCCAAGACGGAGGGAGAGGACUUUGCCGAGAAGCUCGCCCGCGCUGGCCUAGCGGCGGACGCAACGACUGACGAAAAAGAGGAAGCCGCAGGACAGGAACAGGCAGGAGAUAUGACCCAGGGAACAGGAAUUUGGGCUCACGACGCCACAUCCCCGAUCUCGUACGAACUUCUCCUGACACGGUUCUUCCACCUCGUCAACGAACACAAUCCGGACAUUUUGUCGUCUGGAAGCAAAUCAUACAAGAUUCCACCCCCGCAGUGUCUACGAGAAGGCAACAAGAAGACCAUCUUCGCCAACAUCGCCGAGAUCUGUAAGCGAAUGAACCGCAACGACGAGCACGUCACGCAGUUCCUGUUCGCCGAAUUGGGAACGAGCGGGUCCGUCGACGGCUCCAAGAGAUUGGUCAUCAAGGGCCGAUUCCAGCAGAAACAGAUCGAGAACGUCCUGAGACGGUAUAUCGUCGAAUACGUGACUUGCAAGACCUGCCGAUCCCCCAACACGGAGCUGAGCAAGGGUGAGAAUCGGCUGUACUUUGUCACGUGUAAGUCGUGUGGCAGCAGACGGUCGGUCACGGCCAUCAAGAGCGGUUUCACGGCUCAAGUGGGCAAGAGAAAGAGGCUCAAUGGUUAA